AUGAAAUUAAAGAUGAGGAUAGGAAAACCAUUUUUGAAAAAUUCUGGAAUGACAUGACAUGGGAUCAGCGCAAAGUUUUCGUCGCCAAUACAGUUGAAAAAAUACCUCCCAAACGAAGAUACACAAAUGAAGAUUCAAGAAGACAAAGUACAUUAGUUUAUAAUCUUCUUAUCAAUGAGAUAAAAUAUCCAGUGUGUAAGUCGAUGUAUCUAUCCACUCUUUCUUUAGGAGCACGUACAGUGAAUGAAUGGGUUGCAAAGAGUAGUGAUGGCAUUAUAAAGUCUACAGAGGUGUCUUUUAAAGAACGAGCACCCAAUUCACAUUGUAAGAAAGACGAUGUUACAAGGCUUAAUCAGUUUUUUGAUUCAUUAGCAAAACUGCCUUCACACUAUGGGAGGAAAAACUCAUCAAAAUUAUACCUGGAGCAAACCUUUGAAACUUUGCUAGAAGUCUACAACGUAUAUUCUGAUGAAAUGAAGAAUGAAUGUAGAAAACCGCUGAGCAGGACUAAAUUUUCAUCGGUUUUCAAAGAAAAAAAUUUAUCUUUGUACCAGAUAAAAAAGGAUCAGUGUGAUACAUGCACUAAGUUCAAAACAGGUAAUAUUUCUGAAUCUGAAUGGGCUGAGCAUGACAUUAAAAAAAAAAGAGCUAGAGAAGAAAAAGAGAAAGACAAGUUAUCAGGAGUAAAAAAUGAGUGUUCUGUUCUUACAAUGGAUCUUCAAGCUGUCAAGCUUUCACCUUUCAUUCGUACGAAUGCAUUCUAUUAUAAAACGAAAUUAGUAUGUCAUAAUUUCACUGUAUACAAUAUAGUGUCACAUCAAUCAACCGCAUACUGGUUCAGUGAAAUUGACAGUGAUCUGUCAGCUUCGACAUUUGCAUCCUUGAUAUUAGUUUACUUGAAAGAUCAACUGUCAAGUGAGAAAAAUAUUGUUAUAUUUAGUGACGGAUGCACCUACCAGAACCGCAAUGCAAUUAUGGCGAAUGCACUUUUGAAUUACUGCAUAGAAAAUAAGUGCACCAUAAUUCAAAAAUUUUUGGAACGCGGCCAUACACAAAUGGAGUGCGACUCAGUGCAUAGCCUCAUUGAAAGGAAGUUGAAGAACAGAGAAGUCUACUUGCCAAGCAAUUACCUUACCGUAACAAUGGAAGCAAGAAAGUCUUCUCCCUACAUUGCAAAAUGGGUUACAUUCGACCAGUUUACCAACUACUCACAUAGUUCAUCACAAAGAUUUUCAAGUCUAAGGCCUGGGCAGAACAAGGUAACAGAGAUCAAGGCUCUACAGUAUUCGCCAGAUGGAAUUCAAUUCAAACUUGAUUUUGAAGAUGACUGGACAAAACUUCCGCAACGGAUAAAAAACCUGGAAAAGAAAAUAAUUUGGCCAAAACUCCAUACUUCCACACGCAAAAUAUCCAGCCAAAAGUUCAAUCAUUUGCAGCAGCUGAAAGCAUUCAUACCCCCAGACUGUCAUGCUUUCUAUGACCAGCUUCCACAUGAAUGAUCAUGAUCUAAAUAUUUAAUGAAUUCAUCUUAUCUAAUAAUUCUUACUGAAUGUUUUGCUAAUUUUUAUCUAAUCUAAUAAUUCUAACUGAAUUUUUUGCUGUUGUGUUUAUCUUAUUUCUCUUAUUAUAUUGUAAUCUUAUUUUUUAUUUCAAUUAAAAUUAUUAUAAAGAUUCAUAAUAGGUAUCUACUUUAUUAAUUUCUUGGUUUCUAUACAUGUUCAUCAACCCUUACAAUAAUACAAGUGAAUGUGAUACUAAUUUAUGCAGACAAUGUUUUUAGAGUAAUGAGAGUAUUCAUUCAAUCAGUGCUCUAUCAUACUCAGAGUUCAUGACAGAUUGUAUAGACUAGCAGAAUUCAGCAAAGAGCAUUCACUUAUGAAAUUCAUCCAAUUAUUCUAAAAAUAUUGUCUGCGUUGUGAUACAUUAUAAUUUGUGUGAUUUAUUUUUAUAAUUUAUUUAUCAUCAGUACAUUAUCAAUAAUGAGAAGCAAAAAAGUUUCGAGGUUUUGGUAGAAGCAAAAUGACCUAACCCUCAAAAAUUGACAAAUUUUCUAUGGUAAUAUGUCUUAACCCACUUUAUUCUUUUCAAAAUAAUAUUUUAUCAAUUUUUACAACUUGGAUAUGAACAUUAUCAUAUUUAUUAUAUGAAUGAUAGCAAAAAGUAUUCAAAACUAGUAAAAUAUGUAUAUUAAACAGUUAAAUGUCUCUCCUGUAAAAUUAGGGUUGUGUGGGUUAUCACAUGUUGCUGUUGCGUGAACGCA